CCUGCCUUUAUCUCUCCCAGAUUGAGAGAAGAACGACCAGUGUGUUUGGCAGGCCUUUUUCUGCAGUAAAACUGAAGAACAGGAUCCUGUGCAAACCCUCCCCAGGGGGCUCAGCAUGCAGGAUCGUCUCGGAAGUGGCGAACUUUGAUCUGGGGCCUUGGGGAAGAAGAAUUUGGGAAAGGCAAGUGAGGCAUUCCAGGAUGAACCUAUUUUUUCUUCCCGGGAAUAUCUCCUAUGCCAGUGACUUUGUGUUGCAAAGUUUUCUGCAAAAGUUCAAGAGAAUAUUUAUCAACCUGAUAAGCACAAGUACUGGAAAGGCACUGUCAAAGUACUGAUAGAAAUCUUACAUGGGAUAGAAUUUCGUUUGUCUAACUUCUAAACCAAUGGAGAGAAAAUGGGAAGCAAAACUGAAGCAAAUUGAAGAACGAGCAUCUUGUUAUGAGAGGAAACCUUUGUCCUCGGUAUACAGACCAAGACUGUCCAAGCCAGAAGAACCACCCUCCAUUUGGAAAUUAUUCCAUCGGCAAACUCAAGCUUUUAAUUUUGUUAAAAGCUGUAAAGAGGAUGUUCAUGUAUUUGCUUUGGAAUACAAAGUGGAUGAUGGACAACGUAUUUACCUGGUGACAACCUAUGCUCAGCUUUGGUUUUAUUAUAAAUCCCGAAGAAAUCUCUUACACUGCUAUGAAGUCAUUCCUGAAAAUGCUGUGUGCAAGCUUUAUUUUGAUUUGGAAUAUAACAAACUUGCCAAUCCAGAAGCUGACGGGAAAAAGAUGGUUGCAUUACUUAUUGAGCAUGUUUGUAAAGCACUCCAAGAGCUAUACAGGGUUGAUUGUUCAGCCGAAGAUGUUUUCAACUUGGAUUCCAGCACUGAUGAAAAAUUUAGCCGCCAUCUAAUAUUUCAGCUCCAUGAUGUGGCAUUUAAAGAUAACAUUCAUGUUGGUAAUUUUGUGAGAAAAAUUUUGCAGCCUGCUUUUCACUUAAUUGCCAGUGAAGAUGAUGAUAGUACUUCAGAGACACCAGGCCUUGGAUUUUCCCAUUUUCCUGAAACACCAAUUAAACAAGGGAUUGCCUUUAGCAAAAUGUCCUCAGAUAAAGAUAGAGGAGAGAACUGGACAUUGGAUUCAAGGGAAUGGGAGAGGCUGGGGUCAGCUAAGCAAAGCAGUCCUGAUCUAUCAUUUUUAGUUGUGAAGAAUAACACAGGAGAAAAGCAUCUUUUUGUAGACCUCGGAGUUUAUACAAGAAAUAGAAACUUUCGGCUGUAUAAAUCAUCGAAGAUAGGAAAGCAUGUGGCUUUGGAGAUUGCUGAAGAUAAUAAAUUUUUUCCUAAACAGUCCAAGAAUAUUUCUGAAGAAAAUCAGUAUUUCCUAUCUUCUUUGGUCAGCAAUGUCAGAUUCUCAGAUACUUUACGAAUUCUGACAUGCGACACAUUUCAGAGUAAACAAAAACGAGUUGAACAUUUUAGCAGUACCAGCACUAAAGCAGAAAACAUUGAAGGUUUCCAUUGUUCACCCUACCCUGAGGUUGAUCGAUUUGUUCUUUCUUUGGUGAAUAAAAAUGGCAUUCAAGGAGGAAUUCGGUGUUGGAACUACUUUUUCCCAGAAGAAUUACUGGUCUAUGAUAUCUGUAAAUAUCGCUGGUGCGAAAACAUUGGAAGAGCCCACAAGAGCAAUAAUAUCAUGAUUUUGGUUGAUCUGAAAAACGAAGUUUGGUAUCAAAAAUGUCACGACCCCGUAUGUAAAGCAGAAAACUUCAAAUCGGACUGUUUUCCUUUACCUGCCGAAGUCUGUCUCCUGUUCCUGUUCAAAGAGGAAGAAGAGUUCACAGCAGCUGGAACGAUGAACAGUGAAACCCAGAAUCCUAAGCCACCGUCGGGUGUGUUGUCAGAAGCCGCUUCCGACGCUGCCUGGGACGACAGCAUUGAUGAGACUGACUUUGUGGAAGCUACUGAAGAUGCUGAACUAGCUGAAGCUGCCGAGAAUGUUCUUCUCAGCUACUCUGGGGGAGUGGAUGAAAUUCCUGAUGAACUGAUCAUGCAGGUAUUACAAGAGUAGCUCGUUAACUGUGGACUCUCACGUAACCGGCUGUGAUCUGGCCUGAAAACGGUUUAACAACCUAAAUGUAUUAAGUUAUAGCACUUUGCUUCUCAAUCCUUGUUUUUUACUGAACUAAGCCCGUUUUAUUGAAGGUUAGCUUAGAAAUCUUACUGAUUGACCAGAGUUGGUCUAUGUUCAUAUCAGCUUAAUUUUGUAAUGUCUAUUUAUAGGUUAAAACUCUUACCUUACUAAACAUUUUUUAAUUGAAGUAUAACUGACAUACUGUAUCCUAUUCAGGUGUAUAUCCUGGUGAGUCGAAAUCCUUAUACUUUACAAAGUGACCCCCAUGGUAAGUCUGGCUACCAUCUGUCACUGCAGCACAUUAGUACAGUAUUACUAUUUCCUGUGCUGUAUAUUACAUCCUCAUGACUUAUUUUAUAACCGGAAGUUUGUAUGUCUUAAUCAUUUUCACCUAUUUUGCCGCCCCACCCCCACCCCCCUCCUCCCUCUGUAACCAACAAUUUCUUGUAUCUAGGAGUCUAUUUCUGUUGGGUUAUUUUAUUUUUUCAUUUUUUUAAAAUAUCAAUUCAUUACCAACAUAUAGUACAUCAUUAGUUUCAAAUGUGUUUGGUUUUUGAAAUUCCACAUGCAAGUGAAGUCAUGGACUUUUUUGACUUAUUUCUCUUAGCACAAUAUCCUCUAGGUCCAUCCGUGUUGUUACAAAUAUCAAGUUGUUAUUCUUUCGUAUGGCUGAGUAAUAUUCAUGGGUGUGUCUGUGUACACAUUUUCUUUAUUCGUCUGUCACUGGACACUUGGGUUGCUUCCAUAUCUUGGCUGCUUCAAUAAACAACAAUGCUUACA